AACAAAUAUUUCGUGAUUUCCCAGCAGGCUGGUUAGAAUUACUUUCCCCACAUUCAUUCAAUCACUUCAUCUAUCGAUAUCUGUCUUUUCGUCGUAUCACAAAUAGCCCGUCAUCCCAUGCCCUUGCUAGAAGAGAAGAAAUGGCUCCAUCUGCAAACAGCGCCUUGAAUUCAGUAGGGCACAGCCCUCCUCGUGCCCCACCAAUUUCCGCGAACAUUGACGCCGACCUUCGCCGCCACGACUGCCUGCGCAAGUCUCCCUGUAUAUUCUAUGGUAUCCCAAUAGACGAGAAAGCUACCGUCGCAGAACUGCAUGCUUCACUAGACAGCGCAGCGGAUAAGCGGGGCGGACUGAGCGUGGUGGAGGAAAUUCCGGAGGACGCGGCAGAAUCCAGGAGGAAAACAAAUGAGAGGGUUCAGGAAGCGGAUGCCGCAGUUCGGGGCGUAGCAUCAGUAGGGGGUAAAGAUGCAAGUGGAAAGGAACCAGCGAGUGGGAGUGUUAAAGAGGGGGGGAAGGGGAAAGGGAAAAAACAGGCCGAGAAGGAUCGGGACGUUCUCAAAGUCGUCAAGUCCGGACCGAAAGUCGGGAAGAAGGCUGUCAAGAAGGUUAUCACGAAAAGCACUGGCUCCAAAACAGUCAAAGUUUGCAAGAAGAAAGUUCCGAAAACCGAAGUUGCACCUCCGCCACCUCCCCCGCCCGAGGAGAUUCCAGAUCUAGACCCUUACGAGGGCGAGCCGAUGAUGUGGCCGAUGGAGAUGGAUUUUGACGAAAGCUAUUCUUAAUUCUGGCGCCCUGUCUUCUUUUCUUCUUUUCCUCUUUUCUUCAUUUCUUCAGUUCUAUUCUGCUCUAGUCCCUCUUUUGGAAAUUUAUUCUCCUUUUAAUCGCAUUGCGGUUGAGCGUGGAUUGGACAUAGCAACAAAAAUUCAGUCAUUAUGGAGUUUCUUUUGUCAAGGAUUUGAUUUUUUUGGUUGGUUAAUAGUUGCAUUCAAAUCUCGCACAUAACUUCUUGUGUGAGCUCCUGGUUUAAUAUAAUGUGGUAUUUGAGAU